GCGCAUGCGCAUCACUCAGCUAGUCACUUGGCGACGUGUACCCGGUGUGUGGAAGUGUUCAGGUGUGUCACCUCUGCUGGGCUACAAGCUGCCAUAAAACACCUAAAAAGCCUUAAAAGAGCGAGAGCAUGGGAGGAUCGCAGAGCGUGGAGAUACCGGGAGGAGGCUCCGAGGGCUACCACGUCCUCCGGGUUCAGGAGAACUCGCCUGGACACCGUGCAGGACUGGAGCCUUUCUUUGACUUCAUUGUCUCCAUCAAUAACACCAGACUGAACAAGGACAACGACACUUUGAAGGAUUUGCUGAAAGCCAGCGUAGAGAAACCAGUUAAGAUGCUGGUUUACUCCUCAAAGACGCUGGAGCUGCGGGAGUCCACCGUCACACCCAGCAACCUGUGGGGGGGGCAGGGCUUGCUUGGCGUCUCUAUCCGUUUCUGCAGCUUCGAAGGAGCCAAUGAGAAUGUUUGGCAUGUGCUGGAAGUGGAGCCAAACUCCCCAGCAGCCCUUGCCGGCCUGCGGCCGCACACCGACUACAUCAUUGGAGCCGACACCGUUAUGAAUGAGUCAGAGGACCUGUUCUCUCUGAUAGAGAGCCACGAGGGGAAAGGCCUGAAGCUCUAUGUGUACAACACAGACACCGACAACUGCAGAGAGGUGGUCAUCACACCUAACAGUGCCUGGGGAGGAGAGGGCAGCCUCGGAUGUGGGAUUGGCUAUGGAUACCUUCACAGGAUUCCCACCCGACCUUUUGAGGAGGGGAAGAAGAUCAGCUUCCCUGGAAAUAAUCCCAGUGAGCCUGUCAGCCCACUGAAGGAUGGAUUCACUGAGGUCCAGCUUUCAGCAGUGACCCCUCCUCCCACUGCACCCGCUGUCCCCACAGGCCUUGAAGACUCACUGUCCGGCCUGUCAAUCAGCGCGGCCCCACCAACCAUGCCUAGUGAGCUGCAGACAGGUUUGCCCACAGUCCCUCUGCUCCCUUCCUCCACCAGCUCCUCCCUCGGCCCCCUCACUCCACUCAACCCUGCCGCCACCAGCUUCAACCCCGCCACCACGAUACCAGGUCUGAUGCCCCUCCCAGGUGGCUUACCGCCGCUCCCUAACCUUCCCAACCUCAACCUGCCUCUCCCAGACCUCAGUGCCGUGCCACUAGCAGGCACCGGCACUUUACCACCACCAGUAGGAACGACAGCAGUGCCACCUCUGGCCCCUCUCCCGCCCCUCAACUUGCCAGGUCUGGCCCCGUUCCCCCCUCUACCCAACAUGUUGCCCUCCCAGCUGCCUCCUCUCCUGCCUCAGGGAGUGGCCCCUCUCUUGCCCACCUCCACCACCGCCCCCUCCGCCACUGUCACAGUCACAGCAGCGCCUGCCUCCGACCCUGCCGCCGACUCCACAGCGCCCACAGAAGCCGUCGCCACAAAUGCCACGGAAGCACCGGCCCCCACGGAAGCAACACUAGCGUCAUCGUAAACCCGGGAAGGAAGAUCCCGCUUUCCAUCAAACCAAAACACACACCCGGUUUCUCUCUUUCCUCUGUCUGUCUUUCUCUGUGUUUUUCUAUUUAUUUGGCCAAGAGGGACAGGCAGACAGCUGCACCAGUUCAGACACAGAGGUCAGUAUGCUCCAGUUAUGGGUGAGGAAGCUUGUGUGGAGCGUUGAAGGAUGAAUGGAUAUGAAGAAUGGAGGACAGAUGUAGACUGGUCUUACCAACAUGUCUUUAUUACCAGAUUUUCAUGGAACCUGCCUAGCUACUGUAUGAGGAGGACGAGGUCCACUGUAGUUUGCUUCGCACUUCUGCAGUUACAUCACGGCAAAGAACUAUCUUAGGAUUUUCCCGUUUUCUGAUCUGGCAAUCCUCUCUGUUUCACACUUUUUAUUUUUUUUAAUAUAAACAGUGUAUAUAAAUGGGGCUGGACAAUAAAUCAAAUUUACGAAAUUAC